AUGAGCGACAGCAGUGAUUCUGUAAAAACAGCCGGUUCGAGAAAUGACGGCCAUGUGACGCGGCGAAAGAAGGCAGUGCGCGUGUCCAAUGACGGACGUGAAAUUUGUCGCGCGAAAAUUAAAGUGCCGCCAUUCUCGCCUGAGGAUCCGGAACUGUGGUUCGCCCUGAUUGAAGGCCAAUUUGACAGCCAUGACGUCACCGACGACGGCACAAAAUUCACGCAUGUCACCAACAACCUGGACAUCCAGUACGCCAAAGCUGUGAAGGACAUCAUUGUAAACCCUCCAGCCCAGAACAGGUAUGGCAAAAUUAAAACAGAACUCAUCAAGCGACUCUCUGCUUCGCAUGAGAAAAAGGUCAAGCAGUUGCUGACGCACGAGGAGCUUGGAGACAGAAAGCCAUCUCAGUUUCUACGGCACCUCCAAGACUUGGCCGGCCCAUCUGUUCCUGAGGACUUCGUCAGGUCUAUUUGGUGCAACCGUCUGCCAAAUAACAUCCAGACAGUGCUAGCGUCGCAGCCGACACACUCCCUGGAGCAGCUUGCGGAUUUGGCUGACCGCAUUCAAGAGUUGACGUCCCCAUGCAGCGUCGCCGCGACGUCAUCACACAGUGCAACCGCUUCACACCCAUCGGAUGAGAUCGCGGAGCUGAAGAGGAUGGUCCAGCAACUAACCCUCAAGUUGGAAGAGCACACUCGUGCUUCCUGCUGCGCGACCUCCAGCCGCUCGAGACCGCGUGAACGACUGCGUUCAUCUUCACGUCAGAGAAGCCGAUCCAGCUCCAGCUAUAAAAAGUACACGAUAUGCUGGUUCCAUGCGAAGUUCGGGGAAAGGGCUAAUAAGUGUAACAAGCCCUGCGACUACAGAAAAGCGGGAAAUGCCACGGGCGGUCGCUAA